AUGGCUACGACCACAUUCACGCAGGGCGAGCGGGUGCUCUGCUACCACGGACCGCUCGUCUACGAGGCGAAGAUCCUGAAGAUUGAAAACUGGGACGAGACGAACUCCACGUCGGGUGUAGUAGGCCCGCAUUUCUUCGUGCACUAUAAGGGGUGGAAACAGACGUGGGACGAGUGGGUGCCCGCGGUGCGCCUGCUGAAAUGGAACGAAGCAAACAUCGCGCUACAAAAAGGCCUGCAGGCGCAGGCGCAGGCGGCACAAGCUGCGUCGUCCGCGUCGUCGUCCAAGGCGGCGAGCAAGGCUCACCACCUAAAGGACACUGGGCGCACGCGCAAGGAAGGCGGGACGCGGGGCACGAAGCGGGCGCGAGAGGAGGACGAGAGCAGCAAGCGGCCAGAGAUGAAGCUGCAUGUGCCGGAGACGCUGAAGGUGCUGCUCGUCGAUGACUGGGAAGCGGUGACCAAGAACAGCCAGUUGGUCGCACUGCCCCGCACUCCGAACGUGGUGGAUUUACUGGAAGAGUACAGGAAGUACGUCCUGGCGCUGCCAAUGACAUAUCUGAAAAAUCCAGAUACGCUGCUGCCCACGAUCAUUGCAGGGCUGCAAACAUACUUUGACCGUGCGCUCGGUGCGAAUCUGCUCUACCGCUUCGAGCGGCCGCAGUACGCGGACAUCCGCAAACAAUACGUGACUGGCCCGACGGUGCAGGUAGGUCAGGAGAAGGAGAUGAGCUCGAUUUACGGCGCCGAGCACCUGCUGCGCAUGUUGGUGAGCCUGCCGCAGAUGGUCGCGAGCUCGACGAUGGAUGCAGAGUCGGUGGGCCUCGUUCGGGACUACGUGAACGAACUGAUGGUGUACAUGGUGAAAGAGCAGCACCGUAUAUUUAUCCGAGAGUACGACUCUGCGAGCUUAGCGUACCAGAAUAUUUCGCGUUCUUGA